AUGGCCAGGAGAAGUGACGUGGCUCGGAUGGAUGAAGUUGGGAUACAGAUAGACGGAGGUGUGAGUGACGACGACGCAGGUCCGAGAACAAAAAACACGAGACAACCGGCUGGAAGAGGAGGUCCGAGGGGCCGAGGCCAACAACCGGACAGCGAGGAUGAAGAUGAAGACGAGGAGGCCCCCAGGGGUCGCAGGGGGGCAUUACGCAAGGAUGGAGGCGACGCGGAGAGUGAGAAUGACGCUCCGAAGAGGAGGCGCGGAAAACCAGCUAUCAAGAAAGGGCAGGGUGCCAACAGCAAGAACAAAAAAGGCAAGGGGAAAGAUAAGGGCGACGGGAAGGACAAGAAGAAGAAGAAGAGCUCCUCAGGCUCCAACACAGAUUCUGACAAUGACGAGGAUGACGACUCCAUGUCAGAGGGGGAGAUGGCGCGGCUGAUGGAGGAGGUGGAGGAGAAGAAGAAACUGAUUUCCGAAAUAAGGACCAAGCCAUGGAGGAUGAGAAGGAGACUCACCCACCUCAAGGAGGCACAAGAAUUUGUGGAUAAAUUUGAAGGCGCUUUGGGCAAAGGAAAAGGCAAGAAGUGGUUCGCAUACAAAGUGAUGAUGACAAAGAAAUGGAUCAAGUUUCAGAGGGAUUUUGAGAAUUUCAGGACAUCUUGUAUACCUUGGGAGCGGAAGAUCAAAGAGGUGGAAAGUCACUUUGGGUCAUCUGUGGCGUCCUACUUCAUCUUCCUCCGCUGGAUGUACGGAUUGAACCUUGUCCUUUUUGGCUUCACCUUUGGUCUAGUUGUCAUUCCUGAGGUUUUGAUGGGCCUUCCCUAUGGGUCGAUUCCUAGGAAAACUGUACCAAGACUCGAGCAGGACACUGCUCAAGACUAUUCAGUCCUUAUGGACUUCAAUGGAUACUGCAAAUAUUCCGUCCUUUUCUAUGGAUAUUACAACAACCAGAGGACCAUCGGCUUGCUGAAGUUCAGGCUGCCCUUGUCCUACCUCAUGGUGGGCAUUGGCACCUUUGGCUACAGCCUGAUGGUUGUGAUCCGCACAAUGGCCAAGAACGCUGAUGUUGGGGGCGGAGACAAUGACGAGGCGGGGUUUACCUUCGGCUGGAAGAUGUUCACCAGCUGGGAUUACCUGAUCGGUAACGCAGAGACCGCGGACAACAAGUACGCAUCCAUCACGACCAGUUUCAAGGAGUCCAUAGUGGAUGAGCAGGAGAGCCAGAAGGAUGAAAACAUUCACCUGAGGAGGUUCCUGAGAGUUUUGGCCAACUUCAUGAUCUUCUGCAGCCUUGGUGGGAGUGGAUACCUCAUCUUCUUUGUGGUGAAGAGGUCUCAGGAGUUUGCCACCAGAGACGACCUGAGCUGGUAUGAGAAGAACGAGUUGGAGAUCAUCAUGUCCCUUCUCGGCCUGGUGUGCCCUCCACUGUUUGAGACCAUCGCUGAGCUGGAGGACUACCACCCCCGGAUCGCCCUGAAAUGGCAGCUGGGACGCAUCUUCGCCCUCUUCCUGGGAAACCUCUACACCUUCCUCUUCGCCCUGUUUGAUGACGUCAACUCCAAGCUGGAGGAGGAGGAUUCCAUUAAGAACGCCUCUUUCUGGGCCAUGAAGGAGUACUACGCCAACUUCUCUCUCUACACCAACGACACAGAGGCAACGCCACCUCCCAUGGACCCCUCUGACGUCAUCAGAGGACCCUGCUGGGAGACCGCCGUGGGCAUUGAGUUUGUGAAGCUGACAGUAUCAGACAUCCAGGUGACCUAUCUCACCAUCCUCAUCGGGGACUUUGCCAGAGCGAUGAUCGUCCGCUUCCUCAACUACUGUUGGUGCUGGGACCUGGAGGCGGGAUUCCCAUCGUAUGGAGAGUUUGACAUCAGUGGCAAUGUGCUGGGUCUGAUCUUCAAUCAAGGAAUGAUCUGGAUGGGGGCGUUUUAUGCACCGGGUCUGGUUGGGAUCAACGUAAUCCGUCUCCUCACCUCCAUGUACUACCAGUGCUGGGCUGUGAUGGCCACCAACGUCCCCCAUCAGAGGGUCUUCAAGGCCUCCAAAUCCAACAACUUUUAUAUGGGCCUCCUCCUCCUCAUCCUCUUCCUCAGCCUCUUACCUGUUGUUUACACCAUCAUGUCUCUGCCUCCCUCAUUUGACUGUGGGCCCUUCAGCGGGAAGGCGAAGAUGUUUGAUGUGAUCAUGGAGACUAUUGAGCUGGACCUGCCCGCCUUCAUGGGAACCCUCUUCAGCUACGCAGCCAACCCCGGCCUCAUCAUCCCAGCCGUGUUACUCAUGGUCUUGGCCAUUUACUACCUGAAUGCAGUGUCUGAGGCCUACAAGGCCGCCAACUUGGAGCUGAAGAAGAAAAUGCAGAUGGCUCGAGAUGAGGAGAAGAACCGGAGAAACAACAAAGACAGCACCAAUCAGGUCAUGAAGGACCUGGAGGACCUGCUCCCCAACCGCUCCCUCAUUCCCCCUACUUCUCCGCAGGAGCCUGAAAGCAAACCAGAGCAGGAUGCUAAGCCUGCUAAGGUGAAGCCAGGUGCGGCUGGUAAGACAGUUAACCUGCAGAAAGAUGUAGCUCUGGCAUCACCUAAUCCCAAGGCUCAAGGGCCAGUGAAUCGGCCACCAGGCCCGAGGGGAUCCAGGCCACAGCCCGGUGAUGGCCCACAGCAGGGGACGGGCGCCAGGCAAGGUCGUGGCAGAGGGCCAAGAUAA